UGCCCCCGCCUCUGGGCAGCGCCGCGGCCCGGGCAGGCCACACCCCGCUGCCGGUCCGGCCGGGGGGGCGGGAAGGGGCGUCACCGCAGCCGCCCUAUAACUCCCCUGGGGCGGGGGCCGGGAGGUAGCGGUUCCUCGGGAGGGGAUGGCGGCGGCGGGACAGCGCCCCGGGGGGGUACGUCCCCUGGGCAGAGCCCUGGCUGACACCGAGCCGCAGGAGCCCCCCGGCUGUCCCCCGGCUUCCGCCGGUGGCGCGGCGGCCGAGGCGCAGGUGCUGGUCAUCAACACGGGCGGCACCAUCGGCAUGGUGCAGGACGUCAAGGGUCUUGCUCCUGAGGCAAAUAAAUUAGUAAGCAGCUUGAAAACCAUGCCGAUGCUGCAUGAUGAGGCAUACGUCCAGGAAAUGAAACAGAACAAGGGCCGUGAAAUUCCAGAUAACACAUUGGUGCUCCCUGUCUCUAAGCAAAACAAAAGAAUUUUUUACACAAUCCUGGAGCUCUCACCGCUGCUUGAUUCUUCCAACAUGACACCAGAGGACUGGGCCAAAAUUGCAAGAAAACUUGAGGAGCACUAUGAAAAGUACGAUGGUUUUGUGAUCCUCCAUGGCACUGACACCAUGGCCUACACAGCUUCAGCCUUAUCCUUCAUGUGUGAGAACCUGGGUAAAACUAUUGUUCUGACAGGAUCUCAGGUGCCCAUAUACGAGUUACGGAAUGACGGCCGAGCCAACCUUCUGGGGGCACUGCUGUUUGCUGGGCAGUUUGUGAUUCCUGAGGUGUGCCUGUAUUUUUAUAAUAAACUGUACAGGGGAAAUAGGGUGACUAAGGUGGAUGCUGGGAGUUUCAAUGCCUUUUCCUCACCUAACCUGCCUCCACUUGCAAAUGCUGAGGUUGAUAUUACAAUAAACUGGGAAACGGUGUGGAGAGCCAAUACCAGAAAGAAAUUUCAAGUUCACACCAAUAUGAAUAGGAAUGUUGGGCUUCUGCGAAUCUUCCCAGGAAUCACCACUGCUGCUGUAAAAGCAUUUCUUCAGCCUCCAACUGAGGGCAUUGUACUUGAAACUUAUGGAAGUGGCAAUGCCCCGAACAACAGAGAAGACUUACUGGAAGAACUGAGGAAAGCAGCUGCACGAAAUGUAGUGAUUCUAAACUGUACCCAGUGCUUACGAGGGUCUGUUAAAAUGGUCUAUGCAACAGGACAGACUCUCGCUGAUGUUGGAGUAAUUCCUGGAGGUGAUAUGACACCAGAGGCAGCCCUAACUAAACUGUCAUACACGCUUGGCAAGAGUGAGCUUAGCUGGGUGGAGAAGAGGCAGAUGCUGAGUGAGAAUCUAAGAGGAGAAAUGACUGUUGUACCCACAGGAGCCAAGAUCUCUCUGAGAGAUAGCAAGUUUAUUCAAAUGAUUGCCAAAUCUCUAAGCAUCAGCACCAAGGAGGAGUUAGAAGCCAUAAGAGAUGCAUUAACUCCACCUUUGGCUUGUGCUGCAGCUAAACUGGGUGACAUAGAUGCACUGAGAUCCAUAGCAGAAAUGGGUGGAAACUUGAGCUGUGGAGACUACGAUGGCCGAACCCCACUUCAUGUUGCAGCCUCUGAAGGGCAUUUACCAUUAGUUGAGUAUUUGUUAACAUCUGGUGCAACUGUUUAUGCUAGAGACAGAUAUGGAUCUACCCCACUGCUGAAUGCGAUUAAGUUCAGGCACAUACAAGUGAUUCGUGUGUUACAAGAUACGGGAGCGCACCUUUCGAGCCCUGACUUGGAGAACAUUGGAACAAUACUUUGCAGCCUUGUAGCUAAAGGUGAUAUGGAUGGGCUGUAUGCCUGGUACCUAGCUGGUGCAGACCUGAAGCAAACUGGUUAUGAUGGCAGGAAUGCCCUACAAGUAGCAGAGGCUACAGGGCGUAAGAACAUUCUUGAACUCUUUAGACAAAGGCAGUAAAGAAGAGGCUGUAGAAGAUGGUCGCUCCUCUUCAGAAUGCUGGCUUUGAACAUUAUUGGCAUUAGGCAGUUGCAGGAGGAAAAGAGCAAAGGAACAAUGGUAGCUGUGCUUGGAGCAUACAGGAAAGCUAGAGCUUAGAAAUAUUCUUUAGGAUCACAUUAAGUCCUUACUGAUUUUUCUAAAAAAUUAUUUGCUGCUUUAUCUUUUAAUCGCUUUUUUUGAAAAGUAACCUUUUUAAACAAGCAAAUGUAUGCGAAUGUAUUGGAAUGUAUUGCCUUCACUGUACAAGUUCUGUUUUUAAAGAGGCCUUUUGAAUCUUACGUUAAAUCAAUGAGGACAGUAUUGCAGGCAUAGCGAAUGGAAAUGCUGUGGUGAAUUCAUACUGAGAAAAAACAGCGGUUUAUGCAUUUCUGGGUUUCAACUAAUAAAAUCUCUGAGGAACAA